UUUAAAGGGGCAGACAUUGAUAUAUUGACAGCUGAUUGACAGCUGGACGAGCCUCUUUAAGGAGAGCUCGGCGCUUUGUCACAUGUCUACUGCGCGUGAUGAAAUUCUCGUCCGUCUCCUUGUCAUGACAACGAACACCGAGCAAGGAUGUCGAGGAAGCAAGACGAGAGCAAGACCAAGGUCGACUACAAGGCGCGGCUCGAAUACAAGUUGUACCUGGCUAGGGAAAAUCCGGAACCAGUAUUCGACGUGUCGGAAUGUGCCUUGAAGAAUGUGCCAUCGGGCAUCUAUUCGCUUUGCAAGGUGUUCCGGAAAAAGAUCCUGCUAAUGUAUGAUAACAAGCUGAGCUCAUUCUCGGGUGGUGGUGCCUUAAGUGACUUGUCGUUAUUGACUGUCUUAGACAUUCAUGGAAACGAGUUUACCACAUUACCCUCUGACAUUAAGUAUCUCUCUUCCCUCAAGGAGCUUCAUUUGCAAGACAACAAUAUUCGCAAACUGCCCAACGAAAUAGUAUACUUGAAUAAGUUAACAAUUUUGAAUGUCUCGAGAAAUAAUAUGAAACAGCUGCCCGACGACAUCGGACAGCUGCAGCAGCUCAACACCUUCGACAUUAGUCACAACAAAUCGCUGCAUAAGCUGCCCAAGUCUCUAGGCAACGCGCAACAACUGACGAAUUUAAAUAUCGAUGGAUUAAACCUGUCGUACCCACCUCAAGAUAUUUUAGAGGGUGGCGCAAUAGUGAUCGUCGCGUUUUUGGCAAAUGAGAGUGGCAUCGAGUACUCACCGGAGAACUCUGUAUCGGAGACCGAUAUCUUGAAAGACAUGACCUCGGAAGACAUGCAGACGGUAUACCAUAAUAAGAAUAACGACGUGCAGGCAGCAUUACAGAAGCAAAACAAAAUGAAGGAACAUCGGCAAAAUGCCUUGUUGGAGGUGGAAAAAAACAUAAAGCAACAACAGGAGUACGAGAUGGAGGUGCAAUCUAUGCUUAAAGCACACAGGAAAAAGCUUUUGGAGGAUGUAGCACUACAGCAAAUACAACUGGAACAAGAACUCGAGAAAGUUCAGCAGGAAAGAGACACAAAUAGAGCGCGUUUACUCUCGUACAUUUACAAUGCGGAAAAAGAGGCUGAUAAUGUGAUUAAAGAAUUUCUGAAAAACAGCGAGGAAGAAAGGCAGAGUCAGACUGAGUUAUUGGAGCGGGAAAAGCAAGAAGAAAUGCAACUACUAACUUCCUGCCACUCGGAACAGUUCAUGUUACGUACAAAAGACACUCUUGUUGCGAUGGAAAAAUUAUUGGAGGAGGAAAUGUGCCGAAUGAGAAAAUGGGAAGAGCAUACCAAAUACAGAGAUUGCACCGUACAAUCCUUACUUACGCUGGAAGUGACAAACAACGAUCACCUCGCUCAGAUAGUGCAUGAUCAAGAAAAAAGCAGACAAGAUCUCAUCGACAGAUUACGACAGGAUGAAGUUUUGCAGAAAGCCGCGGUUGCUGCGUUGUUGGAACGGAGCGACGCGCGUUCUUGGAGCAUUAUUCAACAAAUGAAUCUGGUGCAGUCGCAAUUGGCUGCGCUCACUAAUAUUGAACUCGAGAGACGGAAGUUGGAGAUUAAUCAACAACUUAAUGAGAUCGCUGAUAGACGCGUGGCCUUAACAGCCAUUCUGAUUGACUUAUUGGAACAGCAAACACAAAGGAGAGAUCAACUAUUGAUGACAAUUAAUACGAUAGAGCAACAGCGAUUUAUCUCUAACCCGAGACGUAGCAGUUUAUUCUGGUUGAUGCAGUAUCAAUCUCUAAUGGAAGCUCGACCGCAAGGGCUACUGGAAAUGUUGGAACCUAUGUUAGUUCGACAUGUAGCGAUAGCAGGAGCUUUGCACUGCCUUCCAUUUUUGGCCACUUUGCCAUCUUUAUUACCGGACAUCAGCGACGAACAGUUAAAAAAUAUUGGUAUAAAUUGCGAGAAUGAUCGCGCUGCUAUAUUGCUGGCGGUGGAGAAUUAUUUAGGAGAAGUUAAACUAAAUGAAUCUAGAUCGCCCGUAACAGCUUCUGCGCCUCUCGAAGAGGCAUCGACCAGUGAUCAAGAUCUUAAUUCUAUUCAGAAUGUCAGCAUGAUCGAAUGCGUAAUCUGUUUGGAUUUGCAAUGCGAGGUAAUUUUUCUACCAUGUGGACACUUUUGCUGUUGCUCCAUUUGUGCGGAGAAAGUUCCAGCAGAGUGUCCAAUGUGCAGGGGUUCAAUAGAACGUAAAGUUCGAGUUGUACAGCCUUAAAUUUACAAAACUUUUAUUCUCGGCUUAUUCGCCAAUAAUCUUUCUACUUGAUGCUUCUCAAAAAUAUCGCAAAAUGCGCUAUUUUUCCUGGUCUGUGAUUACGCACGUCAACAAACUGUUUCCAUAAUAGUGGAAAGUGUAACGCGCACAAGUUAUAUUUACCACUGAUAUAAUGCUCAUACAUGUUAAUGUACGGAAAAUACAUUAUUAUAUAUUGUGGCUCACAAAUUUGCUCAAAUGAUCAAUUUUGUGAGUUUUAGUUACACUAGUUUUUUUUACCAUAACAUUCAACAGUUUUUCAUCAGAAAUUCUUUAAUUAUCCAUAUAAUAAUCGAAACAGCAUUUCACGAACACGUGUAACAAUAUUUUUCUAUACACUUCAAGUCAUUAUUUAAAUGGUAAAUGAAAUAAUAUAAAAUCGAUUUUUUUAAAUAUUAUAUUAAUUAAAAUUUUUAUCUGCACUGUCUUUAUUUCUUUGUUCAUCAGAAAAAAAUAUUCUAAAUAUAUAAAAAAAACACAAGAACAUUACGUGAAUUUUUGUGUUGUCAUUAUGUUAUGUUUUAAAUAUAUUAUAUAACUGAUUUUAUAUAAAUCAGUAUGCAGAUACAUAUUGGAAUAAAAUAAAUAAGGUGACUAUACCUUUACAGUUAAAUUAAAAUUAUUUUAUAAUAUACAUAGUUAUAUACAUAUAAACUUAUAUAUAUCAUUAUAUAUAUAGAUAAAAUAUGAUAGGCAAUGGGCUUUAGAUAGACUUCAGCAUAAAUUAAAGGUACCACCAAAGAGAAAUUAAAAGAGUGUGAAAUGAUAAAAAAAACUUGAAAAAAAAUUAAAUAUAUUUUUUAUCCUUAAUACCGACACAUUACACUAAUUGUUCCAUUGUGACUACAUUAAUCAUGACAUAUCUUCAUGAAUUACAAAAUGCAUAAAAAUGUACAAGCAAAUCUGAUAUAGAAAUCUGUUGAUAAUUAAAUGCGAAAAAAUCAGUGUGGCAAACUUUUAUAAAAACAUAAUUUUUACAAUAAAAUUUUGAUAAACAAUCGUUUCUAUACGAAUCAAUAAGGUAUAAAUUUUACUUUUUCGUAUAAACAUUAACAUUAUUGUUUAAUUGUGAGAUUGCUGUUAAAUAACAUAAUAAAAUCCUUUAUGCAAAUUAA